UCUAUGUGUAAAAAUUAAAUCAGUUAUGUUCCCUGCAGCUGCAUGCUGGGUGCUUGCAGGUGUGCUGCUUUACUGAUUCCCCUUGGCUGCUUCUGAGCACGAGGCACGGCCAGAGUGGCCUGAGCAGCCACAGCAGGCACCGUCCAGAACAGAACCUGUGCAGGGGCAGAGUGGGGUGGACAUGGUCUCUAUGGCAACAGAUGAACAGGCUUUGGAAAAGGGGAUGCAGGAAAUCGAAGCUGGAAAUACAUCAUUCUGCUGGCAAGACAAGCCCGUAGUCCUUGUUUGGGCAAUUUAAAUAAGCUGUUUCCUUUCAUCUAGAAUUCUAUUAUUGAAACAUGAAAAUGCCUUGGCAGCAAGAGAUGCCCAUACACACAAGUCCUGAAGUUGGCCUGAUCCUGACGAAAAUACAAUGCUGUUUUUUCCGGCUCUGAUUAUAUUUGAUACUUCCAAAUAAUGGUGACUUGGAAAUGGUUCUCCAGCCACAUUUGAGCAGUGGUAUCUGCCAAAUACCUGAGGUCUACUUUCACCACUGGUUCAAGUAGAUCUGUGAGCUCAGUGAAAUGGUCCGAUACGUUGCACUACUACUACGGCAAACAGGAGCAUUAGAAGACAUCUGUCAAAAUUACGUAAGCAGUGCAGAGCAGACUGAAAUUGGCAAUUUUCAUUGUGCAAGCUGCAUAAAGAAGAGAAGGUUCAAAGCAGGAUGGCAAGAACGAUAAAAGAUCUUAGCUGGGCACUGGAGCCAGGAGAGCUGACAAAGCUUCUCAGCAGUUCAGCAGCCGUUUGUCCUACAGCAGCUGUACAUCAGCGCAAGGCUCAGCUGUGUCCCUGGCGCCCUGGGGCAGCGGCCAUGACCACAGGCACGCCGGUGAGGAGAGCGCGGAAGAGCAGCUGCCGCUGUUACAGCUCUGCUGCCAGCUCCACUCCUCCUGAUGCCAUUCCUACCUCCAGGAUUUUUCCCUGACUCACAGCAUCACCAUCCAAAAGUCUCCCUGGAGGAAGUUCUCCCACCUCCGUUCCCUUCCUAUUGUUAAGGGGGGUUAAAUCCCCUUUUGGAAGGAGCUUUUCUAGGUCCAUGCAUGGAGGGCAGCAAAUUGGAAGAGGUGAGCAGCCGGCAGAAGAUGUGAGAGCUAGAAGGGCCGUGCUGUGGGAGUGGUCCUUGCUUUGUGUGCAAGCGAGGCAGUGAGCGUGCAGCCUCCCACUCUGGGCGCAUCUUUUUUUGGAUGCUGUGCAGUUCCCUGUGUGAAAUGCUUUUUUGGUUAAAAGAAGAAGAGAUGUCACAUCAGGAGCUCACCCAGCGACUGACUACAGUUAUCACCCAUGUGGAUGAAAUCAUGCAGCAGGAGAUACGACCGCUGGUUGCAGUGGAUAUAAUAGAACAGCUUCACAGGCAGUUUGCUAUCUUGUCAGGAGGAAGAGGGAAGGAUGGAGCACCCAUUAUUACCUUCCCAGAAUUUGCAGGAUUCAGUGACAUACCCGAUGAGGAUUUUCUGAACGUGGUCACGUAUCUAACCAGCAUUCCCAGUCUGGAGGCUGCCAGCAUCGGGUUCAUCAUCAUCAUAGACAGACGACGGGACAAAUGGAGUGCAGUCAAGGCAUCCCUGACACGGAUAGCAGGAGCAUUUCCAGGAAACCUGCAGCUGGUGUUUGUCCUACGACCCUCCCGCUUUAUCCAAAGGACAAUCGCUGACAUUGGCAUUAAACUCUAUCGCGAUGACUUUAAAAUGAAGGUACCGAUCAUCAUGUUAAAUUCUGUCUCUGAUCUGCACGGCUAUAUUGACAAAAGUCAGCUGACCCGGGAGCUGGGAGGAACCCUGGAGUAUGGCCACAGUCAGUGGAUACAUCACCGAACUGCUAUUGAAAACUUUGCAAUGACAGUGAAAACAACAGCACAGAUGCUGCAGACCUUUGGAACGGACUUAGCAGAGACUGAACUUCCCAACGAUGUGCAGUGCACAGAGGAGCUCCUGUCUGCACACACUGACCAUCACAGCAAGCUGAAGGAUGAGCUGAAACUAGCUGUGAAGCAAGGGGCCACCCUACUGACAUGUAUUAGGGAGCCAGUCACCCGAAGUGCCAACAGCAAACUCAGUCCGGAUGAACUAGAAAAUGUGGCAACUGUGGAAAGGUUGUUGGCUCAGUUGGAUGAAACAGAAAAGGCUUUUGAUCAAUUUUGGACCAAGCAUCAUCUAAAACUAGAACAAUGCUUGCAGCUUCGACACUUUGAACAUGAUUUUAGAGAGGUAAAACUGACAUUGGAUAAUCUAAUGGAAGCACAAGCAGGUUUUUCUGACAUUGGAGACAGUGUGACUCGAGUAGAGCACCUCCUAAGGGAACAGAAACAACUGGAAGAGAAAGGACAGGAACCAUUGGAGAAAGCCCAGACUCUAGCUCUCCAUGGAGAACAGCUCAUCCAAAACAACCAUUAUGCAGUUGAUUCCAUUAGACCAAAGUGUGUUGAACUCAGGCGUAUUUGUGAUGACUUUACCAAUGAGACCAAGAAAAAGUAUGAUAUUUUGGGAAAGUCUCUUGAGCUGCAUCAACAGUUAGAUAAGGCAAGCAAAUGGUGUGAAGCUGGAAUCUACCUCUUAGCUUCCCAAGCUGUGGACAAGUGCCAGUCACAAGAGGGAGCUGAAACCGCACUCGUUGAAAUUGAAAAGUUCCUGGCAACAGCUAAGGAACACCAGCUUUCUAACCCGAAGGAGUUCUACAAUCAGUUUGACAUGAUCCUCACCCCUGAAAUAAAGGCCAAUGCUCAAAGAAUUCUACAAAAACUAGAAGAUGUACAAGAAAUGUUUGACAAGAGGCAAGUGAGUCUGAAGAAACUGGCAGCCAAACAGACCCGGCCAGUACAACCUGUUGCCCCACACCCUGAAUCUUCCCCAAAGAGAGCAUCACCAAAGACUACGAGACCAGCAGCAGUAGCUACCAACAGGAGGUCCACAGAAAUUUCCUGCCCUCCAAAGUCCAUCUCUGAGGCAGAGUUAUCGAAAAAGAAAAGUAUUAAGAAGACUAAAGGUGGAAUUAAGAUCGAAGUGAUGCAUGAAGCUAGUCAAGGGGGAUCUAACAGAGUCUUGGUGAUGAGCGAAAGCGAUGAGAACCUGUCAACAAGGAGGAGCCACAUAAUCAAUGAGCUGAUAGAAACAGAACGGGUUUAUGUAGAAGAACUUCAAAGUAUAAUAGAGGGUUAUGCUUCAGAAAUGGACAAUCCCAACUUAGUACAUCUGAUUCCAUCUACGCUCCAGAACAAGAAGGAAAUUCUUUUUGGGAACCUCCCAGAAAUCUAUGAAUUUCACAACAGGAUUUUCCUUAAGGAGAUAGAAAAUUGCAUUGAAAAUCCUGAGCUUCUUGCCCGCUGCUUUUUAAAAAGGAAAGAGGACCUCCAAAUAUAUGAAAAAUACUGUCAGAACAAGCCAAGGUCUGAAGCUCUCUGGAGACAAUGUGGAGACAGCAUCUUUUUCCAGGAAUGUCAACGUAAAUUGGAUCAUAAGCUUUCACUAGAUGCUUAUCUUUUAAAGCCAGUCCAGAGAAUCACCAAGUACCAGUUGCUAUUAAAGGAAAUGCUAAAGUGUAGCAAGAAUUCAGAGGGUACUGCUGAACUGGAAGAGGCCCUGGCCACGGUACUUGAUAUCAUCAAGUCAGUAAAUGACUCCAUGCACCAGAUAGCUAUCACAGGAUAUGAGGGGGAUGUUAGUGAGCUUGGUAAGCUGUUGAUGCAAGGUUCUUUCAACGUGUGGACUGACCACAAGAAGGGUCACAAUAAGGUGAAGGACUUGGCUAGAUUCAAACCGAUGCAGAGACACCUCUUCCUCUACACCAAGAUGCUGCUUUUCUGCAAGAAACGAGAGGAGAACACAGAUGGUCAUGAGAAGACGGCUUCAUACAGCUUUAAAAAUUCAUUAAAGAUGAGCACUGUGGGCAUUACAGAAAAUGUAAAAGGAGAUAACAAGAAGUUUGAGAUCUGGUAUAAUGGCAGGGAAGAAGUAUAUAUCAUUCAGGCAUCUUCUGUUGAGCUGAAAAACACUUGGAUUUCAGAGAUUCGCAAAGUCCUGACAGGACAACUGGAGGCAUGCAGAGAAGCAAGUCAAUUACACCAAAGAAUCACUGAGAGUGUAUACCAUGCGCCGAUGAAUUCCUCCAAUAUGAGCAGGUAUAGCAGGAAGUCAUCAAACAUAUAUGAAAACAAAUCCGAGACAUCAAAUGUGGAAGCAUCUAACAAUAAAAACAGGAAUUCCAGUCCCAGUGCCAGACAAAAGAGAGUUGAUGCUUCCACCAGCCUUAACCUUGAGCGCACAGCGCUUGCUAGAAAGCGAUUCACAUUGCAAGGUCUUUCCAACCGCAGAGCUCCACCCAAAGAUCCAGAAUCUAAGGAAAGAGAAGUUACCCGUCGCUUUUCCCUAGCCUCCUCCAUCAGCACCACAGCUAAUGCAUCUGCUGUGACCAAAGGUCCCCUUGUUCCUGCAGUUAAAGUCAAGAGACAUGAAAUAAAGAGUGACCCAACUCCCUUGGGGUUUGAAGAUGCUUUUGAGAACACCAUAUUGGCCCAGACUAAAUGUAAUACUGGUUCCACCACGAGACCUGUACCUAGAUCUGCUUCACAGACAGGUUGGCCCAGCAGGCAACUGCCAUCUCUAGACACAUUUGAAGAUUUCGAAGCCAUCCCCUCCAGCAUGGAUGAACUCUCCAACUCUUCAGACAUGGAGGAAGAGACCAACCCUAACAAUGGGACCAAUCUUUUUCGGGUAGAAGGCAGUUUUGACAGCUGUUUCCCAGAUUCUCUUACACUUGAGGAUGGAGAUCUAGUGCAGUUUGUGCAGGAAGGAGAAAACGGACAAUGUUUCAGGUUAGUGAAGAAACUGGUCUCUGAGAAAAGUGAAUGGGUUCCUUCCAGUAUAUUGCAGCCAGCAGAGGGGGACAGUAACAACAUGAUUAAGAACAGCAAUGCAGACAUGUACAAUGAUUCCUGCAGCACGGCCUCAGUAGAGUCAGACACCAAGGAGAGUGAGGUGGCCAAAAGCUUCCCAGCAGAACAGAGGGCUGGCAGCUGAAUGGUAGGACCAGCCUUCCUCAGGACCCUAUCCAUCUCUUUGUUUAUUUUGGGUGGACACUGGAUCAAAGUUGCCUUUCUCACAAGCUCUGAGCUUCAUAAUUCUCUGAAACUUCAUCAGCAUGAACAGAUGAGAACCACAAUGCCCACCUGGCAAGCUGGGAAAAACAAACCUAAAGGGAACAUGAACAUCCAGACAGCAUCAAAACCCACCAUCAGUAUUAGAGGAGAAAAAUGCUUCUUGCAUUGUUUAUCAAACUGUUUCAGAAGAUGUGGCCUAAAUUAGGUCGACAGCAGAGCUGGAGAGUUACUAUGCACGCACCUUUUGGCAACUUUGCUUGAACACCGAGUUACUGCAGAGGGACACAUACAUGGAUUUGAGUUCUUGCUCUACUAUGGAGUCGCCUGGAGGUUUUUCCAUUUGCUUGCCUCAGUGGCUGUGCCUUCCCCGCCCUCCUUAAUUCCAGCUGAUACAUCACAAAUGUGCCCUUUUUGCUGAUGGUAAACACCAAAACCAUCACAUUUUAGGUUGGCUGUGGAAAGGAAACUUCUGACUUGGAUCAUCAGAGAGGCUUCGUGCAGCAAUGACUUGACUACUUUUGCAAUGGCACAGUGAACAACCUGCUGCACACAGCAUUAUUUUGGGAUGAUGCAGAUGGCAACUCCUGGCCAUGAUGUGGAGGUGCAGUGCUUAGCCAGGAGGCAAGGAUGUGUGACAGUUACUGUGACAAAGAACAUGUUUAACUCUUUAUGUAAUAGAAGUCAUUCCUUUGCCCCCUCUGCAGUCUGUGGUUGCUGGUUCACAAUCCUUUGCAUUUGGUGCCGAGAAUUCAAUUGAAUGCCAUUUAAUGUCAUAUGUUUGAGUAGACUGCAUGCUUUUUUUGUGUGCUGGGCUAUGGAGUAGGAACAUUUCAUCCCCCACAUGGAAUAUACUUAAGCAUCGCAAAUAGGCAGUGAGCAUUAGAUGCUCCAAUGAGUGGAUAAAGUGUUGUAGUUAAAUACUUAUUUCCAGGACAUUUGGUUAAAGGACUGUACCAAAUCUCUGCCACAUAAGGAUGUAAUGUACAAUAUAAAGUGAUAACAGAUUUUAUUAUUCCUAUACAAGCCAUUAGCUCAUUUAGAGCAGCUGUUAAGGUGUGAAGGCAUUUUGAUGGUAAUUGGGUCUUAGGUCCCACAAAAGCUGCUAAUACUUUAGUAAAAAAUAGUAUUGACUAAGGUUGCAAACAGGUAAAGAUCAGACUGGAAAAAAUGUCCCUGGAAGCUCAAAACUAAGUGACUGGCUUUUGAAAUUAGAGAUUUUUUGUUUAUCUCUGAGAACAGUGAUGCUCUAUGUAAAUAAUAAAGGGGACAAGAUAACUAAAAAUGGAGAGAAAGCAAAACCAAAUAACACUCUUUAGUAACUGAGCCUCUUAGCAAAACAGUAGGAGUCUGUAACGUGUUUGCUAUCUUCUUUGCAGGGACCUGAAUGUUUUUCUUUGCGUCUCAGUGAAGGCUGGUAUUGCAAAUAUCGUAGUGUGUGAGUCAGGAUAGCUGCGAAGCAAGUAGAUAGUCCCAUUCAAGAAAGAGCUUUGAAGUAGGUAGGUAAAGGCUUAUUCAGAUUUUGUUUGCCUGUGAAGGCUUAUUGGUUAAUUAUGAGUUGCACUGCGGUGGUGAAUCCCCAUGAAUAAUGUUCUUCUAACCCUCAAUUUCUAAACUCUGGUUUCUGACGUUUUCUGUUCGUGACAAAAGGACUGUAACUUUUUGGUAGCUAAUUUCGUCCUACAGAGAUAAGAGCUUGUACAUUUUGUGCUGGUCAUUUACCUUAAAAAUGACAUGUAGGCUCCCAGGAACAUGAUUCCUGCUAAAAUCUGCUGAAGUUAUGAGCAUCUUGAGGGAAGAACUGACUCCUUUCAGUCCCCCAAGGAAAUGUGCAGUGACAUUUUCUUGUAGUGCAAUUAUUUAAUCCUCUCCAUAAAACUACUUCACUUUGGUUUCUAUAUUACUUUCAGUAAUUUUUGCAUGGCCUGAUAACAGUGCUCCUGUCUACCCCUGCCCUAUGCACAGGAGAGGAACAGGGAAGGGAGCUUUGAUUGCACAUUACUAAGUGAGUAUAGUAAGCUUUUGUGUGUGUGUGUGUGAGAGAGAGAUGGGGAAGGGUUACGCUGUGUAUAUGAAACUGCCAAAACUAGGAUUUGUGACAUUGCACACUCGUGGGAAGACCCAAACCUGCACUUUGGAGUUUCUGUGGAGGAAUCUCAUUCUAAUGGUGACAUGGCAGUGGGAAGUCUUUGUUUGAACUGGAGAUUAAAAAUCAGGUAUUGCGAGUCCUUUUCCUACCUCUGCUGUGUGCAGGGUGUCAGUGUGCUGCUCCUAUAUCCCCUGGUGCCUCGGUAUCUCCCUGUGAAAUGGGAGGUAUUGGAUUUCCCUCAUGUCCAACUCUGAUGUUAAAUUCUAGCAUGUAUGCAAAAACUGGGGACCUUUCGGGGAAAGCAAAGCAUUCAUGUGUCCCACUGUUCCGUACGUGAGUGUCAGCAGUGGCAUCAUGUGGAGUACUCAGGAGCUGGAGCAGGGAAGAGGAUUACUGCAGAAGUGUCUCCUGUCUCUCCCAGCAGACCAACCCAUUUGAUAACUGCAAAGGUAUGGGUUGGAUUAUAACAAUUCUCAUUCCUACUUUGCUUUUGAAAACUUUUUUUUUUUUUUUUUCCCCAAUAUCUCAUGUUUUAUCCUGUUGGACCAAAGUUUGAGUUACCCCUGCACCAGGAAUGUCCUGAGGCCGGCUGGUGACUCCCUGCCCCAUGGCUGUGUGCAGCAGUGACACAGCACUCGGGUCUCAGCGGUCUUUGGGAGCUGUUUGUGCCACAGCUGUUCUCAGACACACUGAACCUGAGCAGGGAGCCCACACCAGUUAGUUGUGUCUUUAAGCUCUCUGUAGAGCCAGAGAGCCAAAGGCAGCUGCCUGUUUCUGUCCCCAUAUCCCAGACUCAGACCAUGCUGCAGCUGCUGCUGGGGAGUUCCCGGAGCCCUUUGCCUGGCUGAUGUCUGCAGUGCUUCUCAGACAGUGCGACACUGCUGGCUUUGCUUUUUUAAAGAAUAAAUUUCAAUGGAAGGUCAGGCUGCUGACAAGUCUGAGGGCAGCCAACAAGGACUAACGUUCUGGCUUUGCUGAUGCGACAGAAUGGGGUUUGAUGACUUUUUUGUUGUUGUUGUUUUUAAUAGUGGACAGGAUAGUCUUUUAAUUAGUGUAUUUUUGUCAAGCAAGGUGGUAAUUAAAGGAAUGACUCUCCAUGACUCUCCAUGUACAGUUUGGAAUAUUAUCUGCCACGGUCCAGCAACGCUGAUGUGUACAUUAAGGUAUAGUUGUUCUGUAUGUAGGCCUUUGAGACUAUCAUGUUCAGAUAGAUGGACCUAAAAAUGGUGGUUUCCAAAUAUGGAUUUCAUUUCAAUGUUGUUUGGAGAUAAUAUAGCAGUCAUUUAGAAGUAGCCACAAAGUUUCAGCUGUAGAAAAGACAAGGCCCAAGGUAAAUCUGUGCCAUGCAGCACAUGGCUGAACACCGUGCCCUUGCUUCCUGACCAGCGAGGCCCUGCCAGCUGCCGGGCCACCUGGCUGUUCCCUGAGGGUCUGCACUAGCAAGAUACGCUCUCCGGGGUGAGGUAUUGGCUUGGAUCUCCUCUCUCUGCUCCAGUGCCAGCUUCUGUGAAAUUUGCCGAAACUUCUGAUCCUCGAAGCUCUACCCCUCUGCUCAUUUGGGUGUGGAUGGGCAAUGGGCUCCUUCAUUACCAGAGGCAGUGACAGACAGGCGAUUACCAUGGUAUCAGUCUUGCUGCUUUAGUAAACCAGGCCAGAAUGUACCCAGGCAUGAUCCUCUCCUUCUUUCAUUGUCAGACCCCACUGAAUGGAGAAUCAGACCAGUGAUCAUUGUCCGCAUCAGAAACGGCUCAGCCAAACCGUGUCUGAACCCUGGCUCAUCCUGCCAGUCACAACACAGCUGUGUGUGUGUGUCUUAUAUUCUGGUUGUGUAUGUGAUGAAAAGCCAUUUUAUUAUCCAUUGUUUUCUUAGGUUCUGAGAUUUCAGACAGGAUUGGGUAUGAAAAAGGCCUUGUGCUUCCUUUCCAAAAAUACUCAAAGCCUGGUUUCUAAUAUAUAUAUGAUUAGACAUAUUUAAGAAUAGGGGGAGGAGAAAAAAAAGAGCCAAAUUGUGUAUUUCUUCUUGCAGUUGGAGCUGAAAUAGCUGCUAAGAUUUCCUCUCCCCAGCUGAGAAUUGGUACAGUUUGUUUUUCUUACAUAUUUUCCAUGGUGUUAAUAAUGAUGUAUUUGUAUAUUGUGGCUGAUGAGAGAUAAUCAGACAGGGAAAAAGCACAGAAUUACCUGUCCUUUUUUCCAGUCAAGACAGAAUGUAUGAAUUUAUUACAAGAAGAAAAAAAAAGUGUGCAGAUGGACUUUCUGUAAUUAGGCCAUUCUGACCUAUGUAGAACCACACUUUGUUUGAAAUUUACAAAAAUUAUAACUAGUACAAAGCAUUGUGGUUGGUGUCUCUAUAUGAAGCAACAAGUCACAUGAGCUUUCAGUUCAAAAUAAAUGUGUACUGGUAAAGGCCCAUCAGCAUAGCUGAAAAAAAACCACCCAUCCAUCCAAUAUAACCUUAUUAGCGCAACAUGCAUGUGUCACAAAAAGCAAAAAGUGUUGUUUUAAUUUUCCUUUGCCCCUCUCCCCUAGUCUUGUUCCUGAAUCUCUGGGAGUCUUAGGAAAGUGCAAAGGUUCACCAAGACAGGUGAGAUUUGUACACGCUCAUGCUGCAGUCAUAAGGUGAGGAAGCUGUAGGAUAACUGUACUGUAGUUAGCCCAGGAUGUCUGCUACCAGUGGGUUGUUGAGGAGGGCUAAUUGAGAAAAGUGCGUGUUGUGGAUCAUGUAGAAGGGCAAGGAGGUAAAAAUGAGAAUGCAGAAACACAGUGCAAAUACAGAGAGCAAAAUAAAUUGGAACUAAUUUUAAUCAGCAUCCAGAUUUCUAGGGGCAAGCUUCACCUCACCUGAGUUUUCAAGUUAUUGGCCCUGUCAUGUUACUGCAUUUUAAUAUUGAUGCGAGGAAAAAAAAAAAAAAAAAAAGAAUCAGGACCAUGCCAGAUCCCAGACCCUUUCUCCUGUUCCAUGAGCUUAUUAUCCCUUUUCUACAUCCAUUAAGCUUUUUCUGGGGUGUGUGUGGCUUUGCUUCCCCCACACCAAGCAGACCCCAUGGCAAGGGUGCAGGGCUGGAAUCCGGCUGCACACACGGGCAGGUGUAAUGCUCUGCUGCAGAUCUCUGGCGUGUGGCUCUGCACGCCGGGACCUGCCCAUGCGGCUCCUGUCCCGACUUGGCAUGGCUCACAGAGGACAGCGUG